AUUCUCGUCGCAUCUGUCGGGUGCACUAUCUUCUCCGCCGCUUUUUGCAGCCACCAGUGUUCUUUAUCAUCUCUAAUCUUCAGUCUCCUCAUCUCCAGAUCUACCACUCACAUGCCGCCGUCGUCUAAAUCAAGGAAACGGAAAGGCCGUAUAAAUGGCAAUUUAUUUGGCGAGCCGAUGUCGAGGCCAGUAUCCUCUGCGUCUGAAGAUAAGAUCCCACAAACAGAAAGCCCAAGGUUGAACAUCUUGACCACUGCCGCCAGACGCCAUCAUCUUGACUAGGUUAGGUUGAUUCCUCUCGUAGACUUAGGUUUUCAAUCUUGUAUAUAAUUUGAGGAGCUGGCGAGUAAAUGUGGAAUUGUAUUCACUAUUCAGUAUUCACAGGUUAUGUUCAUUUACUAGAUUCAUCCUCUUUGUUGUUUGGGGAAAUUUCUUGGUUUAUUUUUGUAUCCUUAUUAUCAAUUAGUACUGAAUCACUUUAAUAGGUUUUUAUUCAAUAUCAC